GAGAGCAGCUGGGAAGGUGCCAGGUGAGGCGUCAGGACCCCUGAAGAGAUGGCUUCCUCCAGCCCACCCCGAAGCCCCGCCGCAGGAGACGUGCUGGUUCCAGGGCCCCUGGAGACCUCGCUGGAGGAGGAGGAGCUGGGGGAGGCGUUUGAUUUCGACGACAGCGACGAGGAGGAUGCCACGCUGGGGGUCAGCAGCGCUAGCACCGAGCCCAGCCUGGCAGUAGCCCUGCAGGCCCCUCCCCGGAGGCACAGGUCAGGAGUUGCCGCUCAGCCCCUUUCGCCGGCCCUGCCGGAGCAGGAUGCAGCGCCCCCUGCAGGGCAGGCACCGCUGACCGACUCUGGCUCCAGCACCAGCGCCGAUCCACUUGACACAAAGCUGCAGACAGAGUUCCUGCCGGCAGUCAGCAAUGGGGACGUGGUGGUCCCCGGGACUCGGACUGGCAGCUGGAAGAGGAAGAGCAUCCGACGAGGCGAGCGGUUUCAAUUCCCAGACCUGGAGGAAGAUGUGAUCUAUGAUGACGUCCCAUGUGAAAACCUGAACUCAGAUCAGUUCGGGACAGACAGAAACCUGCUUUACGAGGAUGGGGCACAUCGGGAAGCGGAGGAUCUAGGCUGGAGCUCCAGCGAGUUUGAGAGCUACAGCGACGAUUCUGGAGAAGAGGCUAAGCCUGAGGCAGAAAAUACCAAACACAAGGCAUCCUUCCAGCCAAAGCUUUCUCCAGACCUGAAUAGGCUAAAGGAGAGAUACGCCAGGACUAAGAGGGACAUUCUGGCUUUAAGAGUUGGGGGGAGAGACAUGCAGGAGCUGAAGCAGAAGUACGAUUGUAAGAUGACCCAGCUGAUGAAAGCCGCCAGAAGCGGCACGAAGGAUGGCUUGGAGAAGACGAAGAUCGCCGUCAUGCGGAAAGUGACCUUCUUGCACCGGAAAGAAGCCCCAGGUGACUCCGAGGAGGAAGACAUGGGCUUCCUGGAGGUCUCCGUCUCGGACGUGAAACACCCGCCCCCAGAGCUCGGCCCCAUGCCAGAUGGAUUAAGCCCUCAGCAGGUGGUGCGGCGCCACAUCCUGGGCUCCAUCGUGCAGAGCGAGAGCAGCUACGUGGACUCGUUAAAGCGAAUUCUCCAGGACUACAGACACCCCCUGAUGGAGAUGGAGCCCAAAGUCCUCAGCGCCAGGAAGUGCCAGGUGGUUUUCUUCCGCCUCAAGGAAAUCCUGCACUGCCACUCCAUGUUCCAGAUCGCCCUGUCCUCCCGCGUGGCCGAGUGGGACACCGCAGAGAAAAUCGGGGACCUCUUCGUGGCCUCGUUUUCCAAGUCGAUGGUGCUGGACGUGUACAGCGAUUACGUGAAUAACUUCACCAACGCCAUGGCGGUGAUCAAGAAGGCCUGUCUCACGAAGCCCGCGUUCCUGGAGUUCCUCAAGGUCCGUGGACGGGGGGGGGGAAGGAUGCGUUGGUGCUCUCUGAUGCCCUGCCUGCGGGGGGCCCGGCUUGCGGCUGGGCUAGCGCGAGGGCGCCCGUUUCCCGGGAGCAGGCAGAGGAUGCAAGAAGGCGCCUUUCAAACACUGCUCGGUGACUCGCCGGCUCCCAGGAUUUCCCCGCUCUCUUGGAGGCCUCUCCGCGCCAGGGGCUGGGUUUGCAGAGCCGGCUGCUGGCCCGACGUGGGCGGGUCGCUGCUCCUCCCGCAUAGCCACCGGUUCCCUCAGUUCGUCCUGCUGCUGCAGGACAUGCUGAAGAACACCCCGAAAGGCCACCCGGACAGGCUGUCGCUCCAGCUCGCCCUCACCGAGCUGGAGACGCUGGCGGAGAAGCUCAACGAGCAGAAGCGAGUGGCCGACCAGAUGGCCGAGAUCCAGCAGCUCACGAGGAGCGUCAGCGACCGCAGCAGCCUGAACAAGACGGUGUACGGAGACCGGGGCCAGCUGAUCAAAUCGAAGGAGCGCAAAGUCUUCCUGCUCAACGACAUGCUGGUGUGCGCCAACAUCAACUUCAAGCAGUUGUACGGAGACCGGGGCCAGCUGAUCAAAUCGAAGGAGCGCAAAGUCUUCCUGCUCAACGACAUGCUGGUGUGCGCCAACAUCAACUUCAAGCCUGUGAGUACCAGAGGCCAGCUGGAAAUCAGCAGCCUCGUGCCUUUGGGCCCCAAGUACGUGGUGAAAUGGAACACUGCCCUCCCCCAGGUGCAGGUGGUGGAAGUUGGGCAGGAGAACAGCGCGUACGACAAAGACAACGUGGUGAUCCAGAACGUGGGAGCCAAAAAACACGCGCCAGCCAGCCAGUCGUCCCACAAUAAGGUGUUCCUCGGCCCCCCUCGCCUCUUCCAGGAGCUCCAAGAUUUGCAGAAGGACCUGGCCGUGGUGGAGCAGAUAACACUACUCAUCAGCACCCUCCAUGGCACCUACCAGAAUCUGAACAUGACCGUGGCCCAGGAUUGGUGCCUGGCCCUGCAGAGGAUGAUGAGAGUGAAGGAGGAGGAAAUCCACUCGGCCAACAAGUGCCGCCUCCGUCUCCUGCUGCCGGGGAAACCGGACAAGUCCGGCCGUCCCAUCAGCGUCAUGGUGGUCUUCAUCACCCCCAACCCGCUCAGCAAGAUCUCCUGGGUGAACCGCCUGCACCUGGCAAAGAUCGGCCUGCGGGAGGAGAACCAGCCUGGAUGGCUGUGCCCUGACGAAGACAAGAAAAGCAAGGCUCCCUUCUGGUGCCCCAUCCUGGCGUGUCGCAUGCCCGCCUUCUCCUCCAAGGCCCUCGACCUGCAGCUUGGAGCCGUGGUGCACAAUCCCGUCCAGUCCUCGCUGCUGGGCUUCUCGGCCGUCAGCACCUCCCUGCCGCAGGGGUAUCUGUGGGUCGGGGGAGGCCAGGAAGGCGCAGCAGGCCAGGUGGAGAUCUUCUCGCUCAACCGUUCGGUGCCCCGCACGGUGAAGUCCUUCCCGGUGGCCUCCCAGGUGCUCUGCAUGGAAUACAUUCCUGAGGCCGGCGAGGGGGAGCCGGAGCAGGGAAAAGCGGAGGAUUCGGGAACGGCGGCCGAGCAGCCCUCCGCUCCGCCUCCCACCAUCUGCCUGGGGCUGCAGGACGGCAGCAUCCUGGUCUAUGGCAGCAUCGACACGGGGGCUCAGUGCCUGCUGCCCUGCAGCAGCCCCGGGCUGCAGCCUGUCCUCUCCCUGAAGCACAGCCCGGACUACCUGUUCGCCGGCCUGCAGAACGGCACCGUUGCUGCUUACGCCAGAAACAGCGGGGGGCUCUGGGAUCUGGAGGCGCAGCCCAGCUGUCUGGAGGUGGGGACCGGACCGGUGCGGACCUUGCUGACGCUGGAUGACACGGUGUGGGCCAGCUGUGCCAACCACGUCACCGUGCUGGAUGUUGCCAGCCUGAAGGCUCAGCAAACCUUCGAGGCCCACCCGGACGAGGAAGCCAGCGUGACGCACAUGAUCAAGGCAGGCAGCGGCGUCUGGAUGGCCUUCUCCUCCGGCUCCUCCAUUCGCCUCUUUCACACCGAGACCCUGGAGCACCUGCAGGAGAUUAACAUAGCAACACGGACCACCUUCGUCCUGCCAGGUAGGGCGAGGCGGGGCUGUUUGGGAGGGGGCAGCCCACUGAGGCUCAGCCCCAUGGUCAGGGGGGUGUGCUGGAGGCUGUUCCUGUGCAUGGGACAGGUCAUUAAUAAAGUCUUCGUGGAGAGCUCUGGCUUUCUCAAGCUGUAUCUCAGCAGAUAUAUUGCUUCGCCUGUGCCCAGCCUGGAGGACAUCCCCAAAAUCACCGGGAAAGGCAUGGUCUCUCUGAACGGCCACUGUGGCCCUGUGGAAUUCCUGGCCGUGGCCGCCAGCACCCUGGCUUCGGACGUGCUGAAGAACGACAAGGAGGAGGAGGGCGGCCAGGAGGAGAAGCCGGACGGCCCGUUGCCAGAGCCGUGUGCCCACGACAACCCACCCAGGGAGAUGAGGAAGAAGGGGAUCCUCCUGCAGCACCGCCUCCCCUCCACCUCCCACCUGCCUGGACAGUUGCUCUCGGUGAAGGAGGCCUCUCUGCCGCUGGGCGGGAACACCCUGGAGCACAGCGAGGAGGACGGCUCCAUCUACGAAAUGGCUGACGACCCGGACGUCUGGGUGCGGAGCAGGCCGUGCGCCCGGGACACUCACCGCAAGGAGAUUUCCUCGGUGGCCAUCGUCUCUGGUGGGCGGGGCUACCGGAACUUCAACCCCGGCAGCAAGCUGCCUGCCUGCAGCGAGACGGAGAUGCUAUAG